AUGCGGCGCAAACGUAAACUAGAAUUCUAGACGUUAAGGUGAAUCUGUGAAUCGUAAGAUUAGAAACCACACAAUGCCUGAGCCAAUUGUUAACGAGUUUCAUGUGGCGCCCGUCUGGCUUACUCGCGAUUACGUCGAACAGAAGCUGCGCGUGUACUUUAAGGAUGCCAAACUGCAAUUGACGGAAUUACAGGUGACUCCAGGCACUGCUAAUGGGGAGAACUACGCUAGCGUGAUGACGCGCAUCAAUGUAGAGUUCAAGGACAAGGAUCUGGCAAAUCAGCGAGCCACAUUUCUGGUAAAGACCACAUUUGCUGACAAGGAUCCAGCUGCGCAUUUACUUGGUCCCUACGGCAUCUAUGUGCGAGAAAUGGAUAUGUACCAGGAGGUGCUUCCCAAGUUGGCUGCAAUCGUAAAGCAGGAGUUGGGUGACUCAAGGAAGCUCUUUGCAGCCACAGUGAAUGUGGAUCGCGACCGCGAUUCAAUAAUAUUUGAGGACAUGUCAUUGGAAAAGUACUUUGUGGCAGAUCGCAUCAAGCAAUUGGAUCGCGAGCACAUGCACCUGGUUCUAGAAAAGUUUGCUGAAUUCCAUGCCGCGUCCGCGGUGCUUAACGAAAGGCAACCGGAAAUCUUUGCUGAGAAGUACGACCGUUGCUUUUUUAAUAACCACACCAGAGGAUAUAAGCCAGUGAUGCAGAAUAUGGUGAAAGCUUUAAUUAGAUCCUUGGAGGAUGAUAAGGAGUUGCAUGAUCGCUAUGCUGAGAAACUCAAGGGAGUCGUCGAGCAUAUUAUGGACUAUGGCGAAAGGACUAUGAUACCAAAGAAGGGUGAUUUUGUGACUUUGUGCCACGGUGAUCUCUGGACGACGAAUAUGAUGUUUAAGAACAAUGCUCAGGGAAAACCAGAAAAUGUGAUCUUCAUUGAUUUCCAGUUUAGUGUCUACAACUCUCCGGCAAUCGACCUUCAGUAUCUAUUUAGCACAUCCUUGCAGGAUGAUAUUUGCCACAUUGAAAUGGUGCAGUUUUAUCAUGGAAAACUUGUGGAGGCCUUGAAGAAGCUCAAUUAUAAGGGUGCAAUUCCAACUCUAUUUGACUUCCAGUUGCAGUUCCAAGCAAGAUACUUUUAUUCUAUCUUUUCAUCAUUUUGCUUCUUGCCUGCAAUGUUGCACAGUGGAAAUGAAGAGUUCUCAAUUCAAAGAGCGGCAUCUUUUGCUGAGAAGGAUGCUGAGGUUCGAGUUGCACUCCAUAAAGCUGAUGUCAUGCGAAAGAAAGUGAGGAAGCUGUUGCCUUUUUUCGACAAAAGGGGUUUGCUCGAUGAAAUGUAAUUCAGUUUAUAGCUCCCCAGUUUAGAGAUGAUAUAUUAAUUAUAAUAACUUUUAAUAAAAGUUUACGAAAAUGUAUCUAUCCAAAAAUAAGUGAUAAAAAAUAUACAAUUAAAUAAAAAGUGCUAAUAAAAGUAAUUUAGAAC